AUCGAUGCUUUGUCCACCCCUAACAACGGAGGAAUUGAAGAAUCAGUAGUGUUUACAAAAAAAAAGAGAAAGAUACAUAUAAUUUAGAAAAUGUUUUAUAUUAAUGAAAACGUGCAGCUAAAAUGCCGUACUUGUUUAGAUACCACUGAAAAUAACUUCCACUCAUUGAACGGCAAACUUGUGAAGGACAACUUGCGAAAAUCUAUGGCGGAUUUUCUAUGGGAGAUAUCAAAAUUAGAUACUGUUUCGGAAACUGCGAAAAAGUUACCACAACAGAUUUGCGACAGCUGUUUGCGUAAAUUGAAAGUAGCGUUUUCAUUUGUAAUACAAGUACAGCAAGUGAACAAGGACAUGUUGACUGCUUUGGGUCCAAACAACGUCACAGAUAUAAUUGAGAAUAGUGAUGAAGACACACCAGAGAAUGCAGUUGAAUGUGAAAUUGAGAUUGUGGAAAAUAAAGAAAUGGAAAUUGACUCUAAUAUUCUUUGUCAUACUAAAGAAUGUUUUAUUGAUUGCAAUACUCCAUUUGAGAACUAUCACGAAGAUCCUUUAUUAAUUUCGCAAUCGAAUAAACGGAAGAGGGAAAACAGAAAAGAUGAAAGUUAUACAGAAGAUCCGGAUGAAUUUACCACAUCAGUAAAAAAAGAUAAUGCAGAAAAGAGAAGCAACCCAAGAACUUGCGAUAAUGAAUGUCACAAAGAAAUGAAAUCCAUGCUCCAACAGUUGAUGACUCUACAGAAACAAAUUAAUAUAAGAGUUGAAGGUGGUUUGCCCGAUAGCGACAUUGAUUUACCCAACAACGAAAAAAAUAUACAGGAAGACGAAUUGUGUGAACUCAAAGAAUCUGUCCGCAGGUGGUUCCCAAUAUCGUCUAUCGACGAAGCCCUUGAAGUUGAGCGAAAAAUAAAAAGUCAUGGCUAUGCCGAGGAUGUUAUUUCUUAUGUGAAAAAUAUAAAAACUUUAGAGGGCUACAGUGUCGACGAUGUUUUACGCUUUGUCUUUAAACAUGAUCUAAUAGUACAGCUUAACCCAGAGGAGCGGCAGGACAAGAUGUCGCUUAUAAAAUUCGAAUCAAUUUUGAAAUGUAUUCAUGAAGUUUUCCCUGAUAUACCAUCGUGCGAAUUUUUCAAAUUAGUACGCAAAUAUGUUACAAUGUGCGAUAAUAGAAAUAAGCAGAAAAAACAAAAGUUAAAGAAAAAACACAAAUCAAAAGAAAAAGGCAGUGAAUCUCACGAUGAAAUUACAAUAUUUGACGAGGAUGUCACGCUGGAUCAUACAUUUGAAACCAAUAUUAAAAGUGAGGAAUUCUGCAAUGAAAUUAUUAAUGAAGACACAUUUGCAUCAGACGCCGAAUUGAAUGAUGAUGAGCAAUUAAGAGUAUCAAAGUCCCCAAUCGAGCCUGCACAGUAUACUAAACGAAGUAGGAGGAGCACGAAAGCAGCUUCUCCACACAAACAAAAGAAAUGUAUACCCGUGACACUUGUUGACAGUCCUGAAAAUGUAAAGAGCCAUGUCGUCGACAAGUUUUCCAGAAGUUCAAACCGAUCAAAAAAUGAGUUCGAGUUACAGGGCACCAACAACGUGGAAACCAAACUACAAAAGCAUUAUGAAAUAUCCUCUUUGUUUCCUAUAGCAACGCUCGAAAAAGUGCAAGAAGUUGAGGAAAAUCUUAAAGACACUGACUACGCUGAGCGAGUUAGUGGGCACUUGAGUAUAAUAAAGAAAAUUAAAGGCGAGGUUGGAACGGUUCUACGUUGCAUUUUCAAAGACGAAUUAAUUGAAAACUUUAAUUUUGAUGGGCUCAAAGGAAGACACGCUCUGAAUAAUUUGCGUCUUGUUUCAAAUUGCCUUUAUAAAGUAUUCCCAGGUAUUAACAGGUUGGAGUUUACAAAAAAAGUACGUCAAUAUAUUUUCAUGAGUCACAGAAGGAUUAGUUUGAAAUCAAAAUCCAAGGCGUCUAAGAUCUAAGGGUAUAUUUAACAUUGAAUUUCGGAAAAGUAUUUAUUAACAUAAAAUAAAACGAAAGUUUUUUGAAAAGAUA